AUGAAUAGAGUUGUUUCAUUAGCCCGAUGUUAAAUAGCCAUAAAAAACCAUAAAACAAUAAGUAAAUUCCUAAAGCCAUUAAGAUAUACUCUUUAUUAUUCAUAGGGUUAAUUAUUUUACCAUUAUCAUAAGCAACCAAAAUAGAAAAGAGGUCAAUUGAAAUUAUGUUAAUAAAGAAUAGGUUUUAAUUUAUAUGACACAUCAUUAUGUAAAAUGUAAUCAUCAUUAAAAUCGAAGAGAGCCAAUGAAAGAGGAUAUUCAGGUAGUACUUACAAGUUCUCAGUAUCAUUUCAAAGAUAGUCACAUAGAAAACUACAUAAAGUGGGCAAAAAGGGAAUAAGUAGAGAAUUAGAAUUUCUAGAAUUGAGUUUUACUCUAAGAACUAAUGGUUAAGCUUUUUUAAUUCAAAGUGGAAAAUUAUAUAAGCUCCAAUUAGUAAUACUAAAUAAAUGA